AGAAACAGACCGGAAACGAGUUAGUGUUGGUUACUAAUGGCGGAGCAAAGCCGGAAGCAGCUAAAAGCUCACAGCUAGGCUAUCCGCACGCUCCUCUUUUUUCGAGUUUAUAACUAAAUGGUUCAAAGUGCUAACAUUCGUUGGCGAAGAGACGGCCUCUCAAACCGCUUGACUGUCCUCCUCAACUCGAUCACUCACUGUGUGUGUGUGUGUGGGGGGGGGGUCUCGUCGGAAGUCCUCUUCUCUCUGGGGCUGCGUGAGACCGGCUCUGCGCCGGUCCCCUGUAGAUGAAGAUGUCCUUGGCCCAGCGUGUGCUCCUCUCGUGGAUCUUCACCCUGAUCUUCCUCAUCAUGCUGGUCCUCAAGCUGGACUCUAAGAUCGACUGGAACUGGUUUCUCAUCUUCCUCCCCGUCUGGACUUUCGACACCAUCCUCAUCCUCCUGUUGAUAGUGAAGAUGGUGGGCCGCUGCAAGCCGGACCUGGACCCCCGCGAGGGCGAGCAGAGCGUGAAGACGAGGCUGUGGUACCUGACGGCCCUGCUGCUGAAGCUGGCCUUCUGCGUGACAUUGUGCUGCCGCCUGCAGAGGGUCGCUGACAUGUGGGUCAGCGUGGUGUGCGUCCCUCUCUGGGUGCUGCUGGGUGGGGCGCUGGUGGAGCUUGGACACAGUGUUUUCCGCUACAGGAGGGAAUGAACUCUGUGAUGCAGGGCCUUUGUAAUCCAACAGUCUACAAAACGUUAUGCUCAAGUGGCUCUCGCUUGGGGUGCACCCUUCUGGCCUCCUGGGUUGGUAUCAGGUCCGAUGCUGGGCUCAUGUGGGUCGGGCGUCGGCUCUACAUUUAAUACAGUUUCUCUGUCAACGUUCCCAUUGAAUUCACUGUAGAUUGCAGACCAAGUGACAUGGGGGGGGGACACAGUUUGGUGUUUUUUACAAUGAUUCCAGCCUUCACUGUGGCGUUCACAUUGCCUUCAAGCGUAAUGAUUAUUUUUCAUUAGCUGGACCUGUACUGCUGGGUAAGACUGGGUUUGCUUAUUGUCCUAAAAUCAGUUACUCGUUGGACUAAAUGCUGUCUUUAGUUCACCUUUUAAUUGUGGGAGCCUUGACACUGGAAGUAAAUGUGUAUUAACAGGAUGAAAAUAUCCUUUUGGUUACACUAAGCCAUAUUCUUUGUGAAAGCACGUAAGUCACUCUACGAUCAUUUGUGUAAAGAAACGUCCUUCCAUGUGGUACACUAAACCAUAACUUCCACUAACUGUAUAUUAACUAUUGUCACAUCUUAGUUCAUGACAAUCAAUACAAUAGUUUUCACUAUUGGACCCGAGCCGCUUAAGUAGCAAAAAUAACAUACGGAAGCUUUAAUAAUGCAGUAGAGACAUUAACACCUAGUCAAUAUUUUUGAACCAUUUAUUGAGGUUCUC